GCCCUACAUCUACAAUCUUCGGAGGAAAGCUCGAGCGCUUAAUGAUACGCCGGAACAAAGCAGUAAUUCGGAACCCGAAAACCGCGAAAAAAUUACUCCGCCAGUUCGAUUUACAUUCAAACCUCGACAGUGGGCUAUACCAGCUCCAGGUCCUGCUGCACGAGCAAUUCAAGACCCGAGCCAACCUGGGCCGUCGACAGCGCCUCAACCGCGAAUUCUCUCUGACGAAGACGAACAGGCGAUACACCCGAUCGAGAAUGAACCUCGAGAACGUACGACUCCCAGGGCGCGUCCGCGUAACAUGCCUUUGUUAUCCUCUGGCGAUUCUACGUACGGAGGAGCGUCUGACGACCUUCUGACAGAAACCGAGCGGAAUAACCGCGAGAAUAGAAACAGUUAUUGCGAGAUUGACAUGGACAUUGACGAAAGUAGCGGCAACGAAGACAUAGUCAAUGAAUCCGAACUGCAAACGGACGCAGAUGACUCCGAGGACGAUCGUCAGUCUGAGGAGGGAAAGGCUGACCGGUUCGGUCUGACUAUUCGAUCGAGUUCCGUUUUACGACCUACACAUGGACAGUACAAGUCAUCGUGUAGCUAUAUUAGCCGAUA